AUGUCUGACCAAGAAUUAGAAUACUUGGCUCGCCACGUACCCAGCCUGGAUGAGCUAGUUAUCGAUUUACGAAAUUUUCCUCGCUCAAACAACAUUCUUGCAUCAGCAUCAAAUUUCCCAAAUCUCACCUAUCUAAAAAUCACUUUUGGUGCGCAGAGUAGGGUGAGUGGCGAUAAUCUUUUACUUCUCGGCCGGAAAUGUCCUUUAUUAGAGAUUCUUGCAUUUGGAUCACAUGCCAGAAAAGCACCUUAUCCCUCAGGUUGUAGAUGCCAGCCUUCGAGCGCCGGUAUCAACGAUUAUCUUGUUGAAGAGCAAUAUAAGGGAGAUGCGGGAUGUAAAUGA